AUCAAGCCGGUGUAGAGCUCGAGCUUGUGAACGAUGGGCUCGUCGUCUCCCCGCCGGCGACCCCUGCAUGCCCUUCGGCCAACCGAAACCCUAGACCUCCCUCAUGGCCUCUCCCUCGCUCCUCGCUUCAAGCUCCUCCUCACCCUCUUCCGCACCGACCCUGCUGUGCGGCCAAUUGAUGAGUGGAAGCUCAAGCAAGCUCUCCUCUCUUUUCUCCGCUCCUCCCUCUCCCUUCCCCUCCCUGACCACUCCGAUGACCUCGUCAUCCGCCGCCGCCCCGACCUUCACAAGCGCCGGCUCUCCGAUCCCGUCGCCGAUGGCUCGCUCCACAUCCGCGACUUCUCCUCACUCCGUCUUGAAGAUACUGAUGAUACUGAUCUUCUCCGCCGGCGCUUCUCCGAGUGGUGCUCCUCCGUCGAGGACCGGCUUCAAGGAAUCGAGGUCAAUGUCGAGGGGGUUAAGUUCCGUCUGACAGUUGAUGCUCCGAAAGUUGAUAAUUUUGAGUGGAUGAAGAAGUCGUGGGAGGAUCAUUAUGCCUCCAAAUUGCUCGAUAGUCGUAGGAAUUCUUGGAGAGGUGUUGCACGGAGGCCGGAUACUAUCAUUGUUUCCGGUGUGCCUUCGAGGUGGUUUGCAGAGCCGAGAGUAUCGUCCAAGGCCUCAAUGCUUGUCUCUCACACCAUCUUUACAGCAUUGGGGAGAAUCAGGAAUCUCAAUGUUGCUGGUGAUGAUAAUUUAGGCCAGAAAGUGGAUGAAGUUACUGGAAGUGGCAUCUGGACUUCAGUGCAAGAUCUGGGUUCAAGAUCUAGCUGCCCAGGCUUGCCUAGUGCUGCCAACUUUUCUAUUGAAUCUGAGGGUUCAAAUCUUAAAGUAGAUUACAAGUUAACUUGGGAUCGAGAUGGUUAUUUCCAAAAACUGCAGCAAAGGCCUGUGAAUAGUCAGGUACAAGAGAAGGUUGACAGGCUGCAUGCAGUGCCAACUCACAUCGGUAAGGAGGCUCCAAGGCAACACACACAGCUUACCCGGACUGAUCAUAAUGGUCCACGGCCUAAAAGAUUCAGGGAAUGAAGAUAGCUGCAAGUAAUUUGUGGAGAGCCAAUUUCAAGCAUUCAGCACACACUUUUACUAGCAACAGAGCUUGUGUUUUGCGCAACCACUCUUUAUCAAUUUACACUGUAAGAUCAAUUGGCAAAGGCUCAGUACCAGUCCCACUGUCUGUAAGUCUGUAAGUUUGGUCUUCAAUACGAUUUUACGUUCCUCCUACUCAUAGCAUUCAGGCACAUGAUCACUGUUUGUGAAUUUAUAAAUGAUAUGCAGUAAUUUGGUUUGGCCAUAAAAUGACAUUGUACA